CCCAGGCUGCCGACGCCCGCGGGGGAUGGGCCUGCUCCCUCCCGGGCCCUGGGGAAUAAUCCCGGGCGGGCGGCCGCGCCCCCCUCCACUCUCUCGGCCGGCGAGGCUGCAGGCAGAGCUCCCGCCGCCCACCCAGGAGGCCGCCGCCAUGCCGGGCGAGGCGAGGGAAGUUCUAUUUCCAGUCUCCAGCUUCCGUAUCAAGAUGGCUCCGUUUGGGGAACUGGCACCGUCCAGCUCCUCGAACCCCUCGCUGCUGCCGGACCUCCCCAAGGGGCCGUUGUGCGCCUACCGGAAGAAGGCGUCCUUCAAGUGGAAGGAGAUGGCCCUCUUUGUGGAGGAGGAAGACCUGAUCCGCUUCAAGCACAAAAUAUUCUCAGCUCUUGAAAACGAACCUCUCUUUGCUCGUGUUCCUGGGGAAGAGUUGUCUCUGGAGAAGUACCGGGAGCUGACCUUUCUGCGCUGCCGGAAGCUUUUUGAAUACGAUUUCCUAACUUUGGAGGAGAUUCUUGAAAAACCCUUGAAAGUGGUCAUUCUGAUCAGCUGCCUGGGCAUGUACGACUGGUCCCUGGGAACCAAGUACUUGCUCAACUACCAGGUGUUCAAGGACAACAUUGAGAGUUCUGGAUCCAAAAGACACAGAAAAUUUAUUGAACAAGUUGAAAGCAUGGAGAUAUUUGGAUGUUUUGCACUGACUGAAGUCAGCCACGGCAGCAACACCAAGAACAUCCGGACGGUUGCAAGAUACGACCCAGACGCGCAGGAGUUUGUUCUUCAUUCGCCUGACUUCGAAGCCGCCAAGUUCUGGAUUGGCAACAUGGGGAAGAACGCCACGCACGCCGUGGUCUACGCCCAGCUCCACACGCCCGACGGCCAAAGCCAGGGGCUGCAUUCCUUUGUGGUGCAGAUUCGGGAUCCGAAAACCUUGCUUCCCAUGCCAGGGGUCAUGGUUGGCGACAUAGGAAGGAAACUUGGGCAGAAUGGGUUAGAUAACGGGUUUGCCAUGUUCCACCAAGUGAGGGUCCCCAAAGAGAAUUUGUUGAGCCGAACGGGCGAUAUCACUGCUGAGGGGAAAUACACAAGCGCCUUCAAGGAUCACAAGCAGCGCUUGGGGGCUUCGCUGGGCACCUUGUCCGCCGGGAGAGUUAUGAUCAUCGCCAUGUCUGUGGCCAAUCUGAAGCUGGCCGUGUCGAUAGCCAUUCGCUUCUCCGCCACCCGGCGCCAGUUUGGGCCGGCCGAGGCCGAGGAGAUUCCCGUCCUGGAGUACCAGAUGCAGCAGUGGCGCCUGCUUCCUUACCUGGCGGCCACCUAUGCCUGGGACUUCUUCUCCCGCUCCCUCUUCCUCAGGUUCAUGGAGUUCCACAUAGGGCUGCUGAUGAAGGACAAGAGCGCCCAGCAGGCUGAGCUGGGCCGUGAGAUCCAUGCCUUGUCCACCUCGGGGAAGCCCCUCUGCUCCUGGCUCACCCAGCAAGCCAUCCAGGAGUGCCGGGAGGCCUGCGGGGGACACGGCUACCUGGCCAUGAAUCGUCUGGGCGAUAUUCGUAAUGACAAUGAUCCAAACUGCACUUACGAAGGAGACAACAAUGUUUUGUUACAGCAGACAAGCAACUACCUGUUGCGCUGGAUGAGUGAGAGAUCCCAAGGUCACCCUGUUUUGUCACCCCUGGGAUCGGUUGAUUUUUUAAACGAUUACGAUGAUAUUCUCUGUCAGAAAUUUGUGGUUCCAUAUGGCCAAGACCUCAUGGACUCUUCAGCAUCUCUGAGGGCCUACAAGUGGCUGGUUUGUUACUUGCUCCGAGAAAGCAUCCAGAAACUGAGGAAGCAGGAAGAAAGCGGCUGUGCUGAUUUUGAGGCAAAGAACAACAGCCAGGUGUAUUACUGUCGUUCAUUAGCUAUAGCUUUUAUUGAACACACAGUUUUAGAAAAGUACCACAAACACGUGCACAGUCCCAGCACGCCAGUGAAUCUUCAGCCGGUACUAAAGCUUAUUUGUUCACUCUAUGGACUCUGGUCCUUAAAUAAGCACACGGCAACACUCUACCAAGGUGGCUACAUUUCAGGUGAAAACGUCAGUAAAUGGAUACAGGAUUCAAUUCUGGAACUUUGUUCAAAGCUGAAGGACGAAUCGGUGGCUCUGGUGGACGUCAUUGCCCCUCCUGAUUUUGUCCUCGGCUCCCCAAUUGCCAAGGCCGAUGGAGAGCUAUAUAAAAAUCUAUGGAGUGCAGUUCUUCAGAGCCCAAAAAUCCUGGAAAGAGCCUCCUGGUGGUCAGAAUUUUGUAACAACAAACCUGUCGUUGGCAAGUUGAGGUCCAGAAUGUAAACAGGAAAGCCCAUCAAGAGCUGCUAAUGAACCUUCAUCACUGGAGGGAAAGGAUCAUGUUAACGGAAAUGAAAGAAGACACCGAGCUUAGGAGAAACAACCGAGCAGGGCCUCCCCGAACCGGCUUCUUGUCUGCUUUCAAAAUGAUGGAAUAUUCCUUCUCUGCCAGUUCAGCAUUCCUUCUCGAACAAUAAGCUGUUAAAAUAGCUUUCUGACCAUAAAUUAAUGACAAUGUUGAAAGCCAUCAGCUUUUUUCUUAGAUGUCCCUUUAAAUAUUUGCCUUUGGUCCACAAGAUUAAUAUCAUUUUAUUCUUCAUAAUUGUCAUUAUUUUGCAUCUUAUAUCAGUGUUCCGUCUCAACCCCGAAGGCAAUAAAAUAAGCAGCAGCCCAAUCUUGUAGCAAACAGGAAAGGCGUAUUUCAGUUCCUCUGAACUGUCAAUUGUGGAAGGCUUUUUUCCUUUUUUAAAAAAUUCUCUGCAUGCUUUUUAAGAAGUUUUAGGAUAAACAACGCUGGAGAGAAAACCCUGAAUGUCUCUCUGACUUUCUAGCUGCUAGGUGCCUGGACGGCUCUGCUAGGGAAGAACAGACUGCCUCCAGAGGAAGGGGACUAUGACACCCUGGCAAUGGACUUUGCAGGUCCCCACUCUCUCUCCCCUUCCUUCCUUCCCAGUGAAAUGUGGAAAUCUUUCCCAGUCGUGCAAGUCCAUCCAACACCCUUUUUAUUACUGGUCAAAAGUGUCCAGUGAGAGACCCCAAGCACAAUCACCUCCAAUUUUUUUUGCCAGUCUGCUUUUGAGACCAGGUUCUUCUUCUUAGCUGGGACUCAGAUCAGAAAAACUCUACUUUGAAUCAGGAAAGGCAGCCAUUUCGGUUCUUAAGCAUUAUCGACUUACAGGGUUGGAAUCUAAUCCUGAAGAAGUGGCUGAGGAAAUCUGUUUGCUCAGCUGGGAUUAUUAUGGGCCGACUGCUGCAUCCUUAGACUCUGAGGAUCCUUAGACUUAGACUCUGCAUCCUUAAACUUAGAUUCUGGCUCCCAGUACCUAUAAGGUAAAUCUUGUAAUCCGUGUCUGGUUGAUUCAGUUUUCCAUGACUAUGUAUGUCUGUACAGUAAUAAAAAGAUAUUAUGAU